AUGGCUCCCUUGCCUUCAGUUCGUGUUACCAGAUGUCGGGCAUUUGAAAAUGCUGGUGUUGACUUGUGCGGGCCUAUCAACAUUCGUAGUGGAUUGAGGAAGGUCACGCCAUUAAAACAUUAUAUAGCCACCUUUGUGUGCAUGGUUACGCGUGCAAUACAUUUGGAGCUUGUUCGAGACCUGUCUUCAGAUGCGUUCAUUUCUGCAUUAUUCCGGUUUAUCGCCCGUCGAGGUCAGUGUUUAAAGUUAUAUAGCGACAAUGGCACUAACUUCAUUGGCGCAAAGAAGAUACUUUUGUCGUGGGCAUCUAACUUAACUAAAGAGAGCAAAUUCAAUGAUCAGCUGUCUGAAUUGGGCAUUGAAUGGCAGUUUAUUCCUCCGUCAGCCCCGCAUUUUGGCGGACUGUGGGAGUCUGCAGUUAAAUCGGCGAAACAACAUCUUGUUAAAUCUAGUAACGGUGCUCUUUUAACUUAUGAGGAAACGAGUACAUUGUUGUGUAGAAUUGAAGCAGUCCUCAACUCUAGACCUCUCACUGCAACGUCUUCUGAUCCUUCUGACUUCAACGUUCUGACUCCAGGGCACUUCCUAAUUGGAUGUCCAUUGACUUCUCCACCUGAACCCAAUGUAUUGAAUGUUCCUGAAAAUCGGCUCAGAAAAUUCCAAUUGAUACAAGCUCGUGUACAAUACUUCUGGAAAAGAUGGUCUUCAGAGUAUUUGCCACAGUUGCAGCGCCGUGGUCGUUGGACCUCAAAUUCUGAGAAUAUAUCAGUCGGUGAUCUGGCUAUACUGAAGCAGGAUAACAUCCCACCAUUUCAAUGGCAGAUGGUUCGAGUAGUUAAGGUUUGUCCGGGUGCCGAUGGUGUUGUUAGGGUAGUUACAGUUCGGAAUGCGGUUGGUGCAGAGUAUGUUCGACCUGUACGGAAGUUAGCUCGGCUUCCCAAUCAAGAUGAAGAUGGAGAAGAUGCAGACUAUUAG